AUGAGACCUCUACCAGAUCAAAGUGCAUUUGAAGAUAAAAGUGAAUUAGUAUCAAAGAAACAAAAGAAUGAAGAUGAAAAUAAUGAGAAUAGAUCACCAGAAACACCAAGAACACCAAAAGUUUGUCCAAAGACACCAACGAAAACUCCACUACGUACACCAACAAAGAAUCAAGCAGGUGUACAAUUUUUAACACAAAAGAAGAGAACCAAAUCUUGUAGUUCCCAUUUCGAAUAUAUCAAUCAAAUUGGAGAGGGAAGUUUUGCAAAAGUUUAUAAAGCACGUAGUUUUGUGGAUGGUCGUUUGUAUGCAGUCAAGAAAUCAAAGAAACCAAUUUGGGAAACCUCUGAAAGAAAUCAACACAUUCAAGAGAUUGAAAACGGCAUGAAACUAGGCCACCACAAUAAUAUAGCACAGGUGAUGUGUGCAUGGGAAGAGGGCGGACACAUUUUCAUACAAAUGGAGCUAUGCGAGCGUGGCAACCUAAAGGAUGCCCUGAAUUUAGCAGUUCAGGAGGAGGGUGGUCUUGGCAAGCUACCCGAAUACAUGAUUUGGCAAUACCUUUGCGAUAUCGCCAAUGGUCUAUCACAUGUGCAUGAAAAGGGUAUAAUGCAUUUAGAUAUCAAGCCUGAGAAUUUACUUUUUUCAAAUGAUGGAGUUUUAAAAAUUGGUGAUUUCGGCGUUUGCAGUACAACAACGGGUGGUGAUGAUUCUGAAGGUGACCAAAUCUAUAUGGCUCCUGAAUUAUUAAAUGAUAUUCAUACACCAUCUGCUGAUAUCUUUAGUUUAGGUAUAACACUUUAUGAAAUGGCAACCAAUUAUAACCUUCCUCAAAAAGGUCAAUGGUGGAGAAAUUUACGUGAAGGUAAGAUACCUUUUCCCGAAAAUGAUGAUUCAAUCUCUCAAGAUCUAAAAGAUUUAAUCAUUUUAAUGAUGAAUCCUGAUCAUACAAAAAGAAUUACAAUUCAAUCACUUUUAAAAUAUGAUAAAUUACAAUCUGUUAUAACUUUAAAACGUUCAACAUCUACAUUAUAUAGACUUCAAAGAAAAUUAUUCUAA